AGAAGCGCAGCUGAGCGCGACGCCGCUCAUUUCACGGCGAUGUCAGGAUCAGUGGUGUGGAGGAGCGCCGGGCUGAGGGCCCUCGCGCUCGGGGCCCUGCUGGCGCUGGUUUCCGGAGGACCCAGACCCGAGCACCGGACGGAGCACGCGCAGUGGACGCAGAGAGCUCAGGACGCCCAGCGCGCGCACCAUCCAUCUCUUCACGACACCCAGCGCGUCCAGAUCCCUUCAGUAGAAGACCCUCAGGGAUGUUCUGCAGGUUAUUAUCUGGACAGAAGUGGUCCUGCGGCCCGCUGCGUCCGCUGCUCCUGUAACGGUUUCUCUAACGAGUGUGAGGAAGACACCGGCCGAUGUCUGAACUGUGGUGAUAAUACAGCGGGCGAUGGCUGUGAGCGCUGCAGGGACGGGUAUUACUGGAGCGCCGCUCAGAGGAGGUGCAGAGCGUGCCCAUGUCCUCUCAGCAGCGACGCCAACAAUUUUGCUCUGAGCUGCACUGAAAGCGACGACAGACUCCUGUGUCUGUGUAGAGACGGUUACACGGGAGAAAGAUGUGAGCGAUGUGCUCCGGGAUAUUACGGUGAUCCUCUGGUCUCCGGUGGACGCUGUCGUCUGUGUAACUGUGCUGGAAACCUGUGUGACUCCAGGACUGGAGUGUGCAGAAAUUCUCUGGAGCUCCAAGACACAAACACAGAAGAGCAGUGUGAAGAAUGUGAUAACUGUGCACAGACACUGAUGAAUGAUCUGGAAAAGCUUGAUAUUGAGCUCAGAAGAAUCAAAGACCAGCUGGAUUCUGACUCUCUCAGACCUUCAUCUAUAGAGCAUCUGAGGAAGCUUGAAGAAGCCAUCACAGCCACAACGAAUCUGGUGAACACCUACAGAUUCACGGUCGACAAUCAGGGGAAUAAAGUGAAGCAGCUGGAACAAGACGUUAUUAAUCUGACCGAAGAUGUGGACAAUCUCAAAGAACAGGUCAGAAAGCAAUCUGACGAUUCCCAGAAAGCUCUUGCUAACGCUGAAAACAGCCACCAACGAGCAACAGAUCUGGACACCGAGGCACAGAACCUCCUCAGGAAAAUAAAAGAGCUCCUGAAGCAGCUGAUGGACUCGGAGAGCAAUGGAUCCGCUCUGCCCAACGCAGAUCUAGCCAAACUCCUGGAGCAGUCUCAGAGCAUGGUGAAGGAGAUGGAGAAGAGAAGCUUCACGCCGCAGAAAGACGCAGCUAAGAAAGAGCAAGCGGAAGCAAACAAAUUCCUGGAGAACGUUAAGGACAUCCUGAAGCAGUGCGAUGAGAACGAGGCGGCGUCGAAGCGCGUGGACAGUCUUCUGAGCAGCUACGAGGCCAAGCUGAAAGAGCUGGAGGACCUGCUCAAACAGGCUGAUAGUACGGUAAAGAAAGCCGGCGGUCAGAACGACAUCAACGCACAAGGCCUCAAAGACAUUCUGAAGCGAGUGAAGGAUCUGGAGCGAGAGCGAGACCUCGUCCAGGAUGAGAUCGCUCUCGCCGUCAAACAGCUGAAGGACACAGAGGACGCCCUGAACAUGUUUAAAGACAGCAAAACGGAGCACGAACAGCUUGCGGCGCAGCUCAACGGAGCAAAGGCAGAACUCAAGGAGAAAGUCCAAACCAUCUCACAAGCAGCAGCCAAAGAGAACAUAGUGAAGCGGGCAGAAGAACACGCAGAAAACAUGCACAAACUGGCCAAAGAGCUGCAAGAGGCUGUGCUGAACGUGAGCGGGCGCUCGGGAGUGCAGACGGCUCUCUCUGGGAUAGAGGCGUACAAAGACAUCAGCGACGCUGUCAGAGCUGCAGAAGAGGCGGCCCAGAAGGCCAAAGAGGCGGCAGACAAAGCGCUCAAUGAUGUCAAUGAAGGGGACUUAAUCAACAGGGCAACGAAUCUGAAAAAGGAUGGCAAAAACCUCCUUAAAGAUGCCAAAAAUGCAGCUAAAGAUCUUACAGGAGCGACUAAGGACCUCGGUAAUCAGAAGGAGCGCCUGCAGGCUGCUGAAGAGAAGAAGAAAGCCCUGGAGAAGGAGCUGCUCGCUGUUGAGGAGGGACUGAAGGGGAUUCAGAGAGAUGACAUCGGGAACAUUAUCGACGCGGCUAAGAAAGUGGCAGCGGCAGCUAAUCGCUCCACGAGUGACACCAUGGACCAGCUAAACAACAUCAAAGCAGAAGUCAGCAAGAUCUCCAUCACUCCUACGCUCUCCAAUAUGGACAAUGUACUCAAUAAUGUGGAAAUGACCGUCAGGAAUCUGAGCAGCUCCAUCCCGUCGCUGCUGGAUAAAAUAGACGACAUCGAUUCCGAGAUUAGCGCCGGGAACAACGUGACUGAUAAUAUUAAAAAGAUAAAGGAGCUAAUUGAGCAAGCGCGAGAUGCUGCCAACAGAAUUGUUGUGCCUAUGAAAUUCACGGGUAAAGGGCACGUAGAGCUGCGUCCGCCGCAAGACUUGGACGACCUGCGGGCGUACACCGCUCUCACCCUGUCCCUCCAGAGACCCGAGCAGCGGCGGCGGCGCGGCAGACCGCUACUGACAAUCUCUUCGUGAUGUACCUCGGGAACAAGGACGCAUCUGGAGACUACCUCGGCAUGGCUCUUCGCAAUAACAUCCUGCACGUCAUCUAUAAGCUCAACGGACUGGAGUACGAUAUCGAGGCAUUCGGCGUCACAGAGUCCUCAUCUGAAGUGGCUUUCUUCGACAAAAUCGACC